UUCUUUACAAUUAGGGCUAUUCUCAGCUGACUUCUUUGCAUUUUGCAUCAGCACUCCUCCUGGAGCUAGGCAGAGAUUAGCAACAGUCUACUAGCAACCAGCAGGCUCGGGCACAUACAGGCAAAACCUUCCAAGAUAUUACAUCCGAAGAGACACACUACUUUAUUCAGCACCAUAAUCAGAUGCUAACUCCUGCGUUUGGUGAGGGUAUUCAUUGAAAACUGGAUUAAGGAGAUAUGUUAAGUGCUUUGCUCAACAUGUUGAAAAACUUAACAGAAAGAAAAACGGGAUUUGUGGUUCUUUGCCUUUGGAAGGAUGGCUGGUACUAAGUGCUUCCUCAGUAUACCAAGUAAUUUUGAAACUACGCCGAUGCGUGAGAUUUCUGAGAAUUUAGAAGAUUCCCUUGACACAGUGGGAGCAAGCACAAGCAGCAGUUUGGAUAGCUCAGUUACUGCUUGCAAGAAGGUGCUGUGUAGCAACAGUUUGUUGGAUUCAACCGAGUAUUGGUUGCGGAAUGAAAAGACGCUUUGCAAAAUUGGAUUUCUAGAAGAUAAAUGUGACAGCAGCUGUACAACAAUCUGCUUUGUGAAUCUUGACAGAGACAGUAAGGAUCAGUGUGAUGACACGUGCAUAAAGAAACUGGCCUCUGUCUCCCCUGCUCUCCCGAAACUGAUCGACUCCCUAAAUGUGAAGCAGCCAAGGGAUAACGAAAUCUUUCUCCUCAGUGGGCUGGAUUCCUCCGGCACCUGUCCACAGGAUUCUUCUAAUCAGCAGAGUCUCAGAGUGGCCGAUGUAUGCUUGGUCCAGUGUGCAAGGGGAAACAAAAGUAACCACCCCAGCUGUCUCAUUUUUGAAAUAAACAAGUUCCUGAUUGGAAUAGAGUCUGGUCAGGAGAAACAGUUACAAUUGGAGCGAUAUGGACACCACAGACCCGAGGACGACACCAACAGGUCUGUCUCUUCAAUAGAGGAGGACUUUCUUACUGCAUCCGAACAUCUGGAGGACAGUGAGGAAGACGCAUUCAGGAAUGAUUUUGAGAACAGUGAUUUUGUGGACCUCUACACACAUGAGAAGAAUCCUGGAGGACUGAGGUCAGACAGGCAUAGAAACGUAAAAGAGCUCUAUAAGGAGCCCCAGUGGAGUGAAGAGUCUGGGGCAACACCACAUGGCGCAGCUGAUAAAGACGUGAAGCUCUGUCACAGUAGCUCUCUCCAGAACACAGCGGAGCUGCAUGCAAGAAAAGCCUAUCAAAGCAAACGCCAAGGCUUCUCUUCAUCAAGCCAAGUCACAAGAAACAGACACAGUACUGUCCCUAGACAGAGUGCUACUGCACAACACAACUUGCCAAGUACACCAGAAACAGCAGGCUAUUACGCCACGAAUUUGGCAGAAUCCGUCCUGCAGGAUGCCUUUAUUAAGCUGUCCCAGGAAGAACCCACUUUCACAGCAGAGGCAGCCCUAAGUGUCUCGGCUGGAAGUAAUACAGUCCUGACCUCUAAAAGAGAAGAUCCAAAACCAGCUCGAUCGUGCUCAUUUGAGCUGCCCAAGAUUGUCAUUGUGCAAAGCCCUGAUAACUGUGAGAGUAUGAUAGAAUGGCCAGGAACUCUGUCCUCAAGCCCGGACACCUGGGUUGAACAUGAUUUCCCCAAAGAUGUUUCUCAUCAACCACCGGAGGAACAUGGACAGCAUUGCAGCUUUGGGUCAAGCAGACGCACUCCAAAACCGGUUGAGGUAGCCUUAGCUUGUGCAGCCAGUGUAAUCGGAACUAUUUCAAGUCCCAAAGCUACUGAGAAACUUAAGAUAGACCCAAGUAUGGUGGUACCUGAAAGUCAAACAGCAGAUGACUAUGAGGAGGAUGAAAAUGAAGAAUUUGCAGAGCCAAACCAGGAAGGGAAGAAUUAUUCCUUCUCUUCUGCCCUUUGUGGUAUGACCCAGGUCGCCAGCGCAGUUGCAGUAGUGGACCUCACAGAGGAGGAACAAGAUGAAAGUUAUUCCCCCUCUAGGGGGCUUCUGUCUGUAGCAGAAGCUUCAACUGCUAUAACACUGCAUUGCAGUGUUGCCAUAGGUACAAAAAUUGAGCAGUUUAAAACAAACAUUGCAGAAGUUUUACUUAAAGAAGCUUCCUCAGUUUUAACGAAACCUGAAAACCACAAAAGUGUUGCAGACUUUUUGGAAUCCACACACAACAAAAUAGUUGCUAGCAUUACCAAGCCAAAUACCUCUAAUUUAGGAGAGACUGAGAUGGAUGAUUUGGCUCACAUCCUUUCAAAUGCUAUUUUUAAACACUCGUUGGAGAAAGCCAUGAAGAAAAGAGAACUGGGAAGUCCAAGCAAAGACAUUUCCAAUUUGCAAGGCUUGGUUUUGGAGAACACCAAUAAUUUGAUUUUGGAUGUGUUAAGGAUUACUUGCAAAAAAAUCAGUGACAUUUCACACCAUGGUAAACCCUCGUCAGAUGUACUGGAAGAUAAAUUCAGCUCCAGAGAUUCUGAGACAAUUGUAAAGGAAAGCAAAGGACCAUUAAACCAAUUACUCAGUUUUAUUGGAUCAACUCAGGCUGUUAACAAUGAAAAUCAAAUGACCCUGCUUUGCUGCAAAGAUAAUCUGUCUCGCUACACAGGGAUAAAGGAAGAAAAUGUUGUCCAAGAACAGAAAGAAAGUGAACCCACCAAUACCAGCUGUUCUACAAUAACCAGAGAUCAGCGAAGAGCCAGUCAAGCUAAUGUUGCAUCCUUAGUCAAAGAUUUUAAUAGCCCUCAGUGUCAACCAAGCAAAAAUAAUGUAAAAGAUUCCAAGAUAUCAGAAACUGACAAAACAAUGUCCAUUUUCGAGUCAAAGCAGACUUUUCAAGAGAUGUUUAGCCAUAAUGGUUCAUUUACAGAAAAGCAUAAAGGCAGUACGCUGACUGAUGAUGACAAUACAUCGAAUUCCUUAUUGUCUGAGCAGCUCUUAUCACCUCCUGUGGUCACAGUGGAGGCUGCAACAGUGGGCAAAUCUCCAGUCUCAGGUUUUGCAGAUGAUCUCGCUACCACUGUGGUUUCAAUGGCUACCGAGAUGGCUGCAAUCUGCCUUGAAAAUUCACACGGGAAACAGCCGUGGUUCUGCGCCUGGAAAGGGGGACCUGAGAACCCAGAGAACUACCUGAUGCCCUGCCGAACGGUGAAAAGGAAGAAGGAUGUGCAAAGCAACGUGGCUGUCACAAAGAAGCACAGGCCACCCAGGCUCAGCGAAAUUAAAAAGAAAACGGAGGAGCAGCCAGAGCUCAUGGAGCGCCUGAUGAACAGGGUCGUGGAUGAGUCCAUGAAUUUAGACGAGCCCCCCGAUCCUUUCACUCUCUUUGCUACAGAGGUGACAGCGAAGAUUAUGAACUGCCCUGAACUGAAUGUGGUAGACACCUCGAAGCCAGGUCACCCAAGGAACCGACUGCAGUGUGACAGAUGGAGCAGAGGGAAGGCGUCAAGCUAUGAAAGCAUCCCAGAAGAGGAUGGAGAUUCCUCCAAUCUGAUCAACGCCUUGAGUCCCGGGACCCGGCUGGGUCAAAACAUGAGCAGAGGAAGUUCCAUAUCCAAGCAGUCCAGCUGUGAAAGCAUCACAGAUGAAUUUUCCAGAUUCAUGGUAAAUCAGAUGGAAAACGAGGGCAGGGGUUUUGACCUGCUACUCGACUAUUACGCCGGAAAAAACGCCAAUAGCAUCCUGAGCUCGGCCAUGCAACAGGUCACCAAAAAGAACGGUCACCUCAAUGUGAGAUCAACCUGUUUGUCAAAGCAGUCAAGCACGGAGAGCAUCACGGAGGAAUUCUACAGAUUCAUGCUCAAAGAAAUGGACAAAGAAAAUAAAGACUUUAACAUAUCAAAAACUAAAGAGUGGAGUAAUAGCUUGCUGCCUCCAUCUCCUCGGACACCUUUUUGCUUCAGGCAGUCAUCAAUGCCAGACAGGAGAUCAUCUGACUCCAGGCUGACUGUGAACUCCCCCAUGAAAGCGAAUUCUUUUGAUGGCUUUGCAAGAAACAUACAUGGAGACACUCUCAACAUCUAUCCUGGUAACUCAGCAUCCUCGAUGGGCCUUUGUAAGUCUGAUUCCUGUUUGUACCAAAGAGGCCAAACUGACCAGAUUACAGACAUGCUUAUUCAUGAGACAUGGUCAAAUUCCAUUGAGUCUCUAAUGCGAAAAAAUAAAAUCAUCGUGGACGAAGAAGAGAGCAUAGAUCUGGAACAAUCGAGUGAUUCGCAGCCACAUGUUGAGCAGUUUGCAAACCAGCUGGCAGCUGAUAUUGUGGAAAGUGGAAAGUCUCUAUUAGGAGGACAGCAAGAGACUGUGAGCUCCAGACCACCCAUCCCACUGGCUGAAAAGAGGAGGUGUUUCAAGUCCCAUUUAAGGCAGCAAGUGUCAGACAAGGCCAGAUCGACCCAGGAAAAACCAGCCGUAGGCAAUGACUCUGGGAGUGUUGCCUCCCUUCCUCGUAGCCCAAGGGAAGUGCCUUUGAUUCACAUAGAGGCCGAUCAGAGGGAAGAGUUCAAGGAAGACACACGACACCACGACCUCACUGCUGCUUCUUCCGUGACGCCUGAAAGAGAGUGUCACCCUCAGGAAAAGCCCACAGAAGUGCGAUUUGACCCGGGCCCAGAGAAAAUGUCUUUAAAUUCUAGCAGCCUUGAGUGUAACAAGACUAUAAUAACUUCAGUAGUUGAGAAUGCAUCAGCAUCAGAAGAAUGCACAAACAACAUUAGCUCCAGCGAUGAGAGUACAGGAAGCUGGUUGCAGAUUGCCAAUGAAGAAGACCUUCCCGAGGAUACAAGUAGCUAUAUACAGCUAAGCGAAGGAAAUGGGAACAGCAGCACAUCCAGCCUGGGUUUUGUGGAUCUAGAAUCUUUACAGGAAAGUUGCUCGCCAUGUAAAUCAUUAAGUGAAGAAUCUGAGGAAAAAGAAAGGCUAAAAGAAAACCUCGAAAAUGUGGAUGAAUGUACCUCCGGGCUGUCAAUAGGAGCAGGCAGCAGCCACGAGCUUCUAGUGAUGAACUUUGACCUGGACCCUGAGUGUGUCGACUCAGAGUUAAGAGCUACUUUACAGUGGAUAGCUGCUUCAGAGCUUGGAGUACCAACUAUCUACUUCAGGAAGUCCCAGGAAAAGAGUAUAGAAAAGUUUCUCGAUAUGGUACAAACAGUUCAUCAGAAAGACUGGAAUAUUGGAGAUCUGUUUCAUGCCGUUGUUCAGUACUGUAAACUGCAAGAAGAAAGUGAUACUGUAACAAGCCUAUUCGACUGGCUUCUGGAAAAACGCUGAUGUUAAUAAUGCCCUGAAGACAUCAAGGCACAGAAGGGAUAUUGCCACCAUUUUAAGUGGUAAUUUAAGACAAAAACUGGGAUCUAAUCAAUAUAGUCUAUUAUGUCGACAUUGUUGUUGCAAGGUAAAUGUCUAAGAGUGUCAAGUAUGUUCUUGGUCUAACUAGAAAUUGUGACCUUUAUAAAAUAUGUCGGCUAAAGAAAGCAAUUUAAAAAUUUAUGACUUCUGUUUGGACACUGAUACAUAUUCAAAGAUGUUGCACCUUUUAAGAUUAGCAUGCUUCUCAUUCUGAAAUGCACAGAUAUGUCUGCAAGAUACUGUGUUUUGGAGAGUUAUAGAACUGAUUACCUGACUUUCUUACUUAAAAGCCUACCAUUGAAAUUCUUCCUAAAAUGUUUCCUUAAGAUAUGAAGUUAAAUUAUUUGAACAUACUUUUUAAAUAUACUAGUUCAAAGAUUUUUUUCAAACUUUAUCAGCCCUAAAUUAAAAAAUGAAAUCAGAUGAAAAUAACAAAAUAUUAUGAUUGAUCUAAUCUGACAAUUCUUUUUCAAUGCUAAAAGGAAUCUAGUGACAUUUACUUCUGUUAAUCCAUGUAAAGAAAAUUGUAAUGCUGAGAUGUAUUCAUAAGUACACUUGUUAUUUGUGCAUCACGUUGUUUUAAAUAAUUUAUUUUAGAUAUUUGUAAAUAUUGUAUAUUUUGGAUAAUUGCACCUUGGGUAGAAUAUUAUGCUCGUUACAUUUUUAAAACUAAUGAACAAAAGAGGCUAAUGUUGUCAAAUAGAAUUUGUAAUAUAAAUAACAAUUUAUAUGUCAAAAUGGUUUGUUAGAAUGUUUUUGCUGUAAUAGUAUAGUAAUAUUUUAUUCAAAGCACACAAAUUCAACUGUCUGCUGUCAAAACUGUUAUUGUAUUACUGAAUGUAGAAUUUUGGAAAGAAUAAAUUUAUGUAAUGUGAUUAGAAUUAGGUAUU